CUGGUGUGAGAUUUCACUGUUCACUCCGCUGUUUCUGCGUCUGAAAUGCUGGACUAGCCGGAGCAGAGACACAACCACGGCACUCUGCGAGACAAGCAACAGAAAGUCUAAUUGAAGGUUUUAGAUGACCGAGAGUGCUCAGAGUAACAUUAGAUUGCCAGCCACCCCGGGUCAUGGAGGGAUUUUUCGCGAAAUGAGAGCCACCAGGGGCCGUGCGCAUUGGGGAUAUCCAAGGCGCCUUUAGUGCGCACCCACUGGGAGCUGCGGUGGGUGGCAGGCGGACGGGCUCACGGUGGGGUCGGUCCCCUCCUGAUGACAAAGCGGUGACCCGACCGAUGAUUGCCCCGGGAAGAACUUUUGUCCGACAGCCAAGAUGAUAGCGGCGUUUUUCCCCUUGAAGAAACUCCGGCGCAAUGGCAAGUAUUUUCUGUUCGGGAUGAUUCUGCUGGUCGGAGUCGCGGCCGUCUACCAUGAGAUGGUUGCUGCAAAAGCAUGGAGCAGUGAUAACAGUAUGAAUCCCAACGUUGACGGUUGGAGGGGAUCCAUGUUUGACGAAAGGGUCCGAAGGGACCAUCAGCCAGACUCUGUGAAGGAUUCAGGUGCUUGGAGGUCCAGCUACACUCCACAAACCUGGAAACCAGAGUAUAAGGGUCAGGCCAAUCUGCACGUCUUUGAUGACUGGUGUGGCAGUUCUACAGCUGACCUCCGCAAGAACCUGCACUACCCGCUGUAUCCACAUUCCAGGAAUACAGUGCAGAAGCUGGCUGUCUCUCCUCGGUGGACCAACUACGGGCUCAGGAUAUUUGGUUAUCUGCAUCCAUAUGCUGACGGAAAUUUUGUGUUUGCUGUGAGCUCUGAUGACAACUCUGAACUAUGGCUCAGCACAGAUGACUCUCCCCUUAACUUGCAGUUAUUGUCAUGGGUUGGAAAGACCGGAAGAGAAUGGACAGCUCCAGGCGAGUUUGAGAAGUACGCCAGUCAGACCUCCAAACCACUUUGGCUGUCUGCUCAGAGGAGGUACUUUUUUGAAGUUAUCCACAAGCAAGACAACAGAGGGACUGACCAUGUGGAAGUGGCGUGGCAGCUCCUGGACAAAGACUUUAAAUUCAGGGUUAUUGAAUCCAGACACAUCUCCCUCUAUGUCAAUGAGUCUGCUUUCUUAAUGAGUGACGUUGGCCACAUACCACAGACAGUUGCAAGCCACCAGCACACACCCACGAAACAGCAGAGUGCCGCAGCAGACAUGCUGCGGGAAGACUCGCGCGACACUGCUUACCAAGUGCCUUUGCUUAACAGCAAGUUCCUACAAGGUGUACUGCCUGACUGCUUGUACCAACCCAGCUACAUAAUCAAAGACUUUCCUCUGAUGCGCUACCAAGGAUUGCAGUUUGUCCACCUGUCCUACAUCUAUCCCAAUGACUACACCCGACUGACACACAUGGAGACAGAGAACACCUGCUUUUACCACGAAAGCCCCUACUACAUGAAGAGGUUUGGUUUCUCUAGAUACAUGAUACUAGACCAUCCUGGUGUGCAGGAAAAAGGACAGAGAAGACGAGAUUUUAGUUUCCAGGGGAAUAAAUCAGUGCUAGAUGGGUAUGAUGAGGAUGAGUUUGACAAUGAAGCCUAUCACAGAGAAAAGGAAGUCCGGCGCGAUAAGGUGGAUAAUGCCCUCUUUCCAGACUAUGGUGAUGAUUAUGAUGAUUAUGCUCGAGGAAUGAGGCGCAAACUCUUCUCCUUGGUCAUGAACAAAACUAACAACACACUGAAGAACACCUCCAACACAAGACAGCAUGUAGUUGAGUUGCAGAGGCGGCAGAGAAAAAACAGUGCCCCACAGCCUCAAUCAGAUCUGCAGAAACCCGCUGUGGCUCUGCAGUCAACUCAAGGCUCAAAACAUCUCCCGUCCAAGCAACAGAACCAGACAGAGUCAAAGCUACAGGGUCGGGUUAAAAAAGCAAAAAAGAUAAAACCAAAAACAAAGUUUAAAUUAGCAAAGAAACAAAAGUCCAAAUCAGUAGAGGCUACUGUGAGACCAGAACAGAAGAAUCCACUGAUACCAGUGGACAGAAAGACGGUUAAAGCAAAGGUACGGCCAGCAGUCCUGUCAGAGCAGCUCAACUCUGAAGAGUAUUAUACCAAGAGGCCCCGUACACAAAACCCCACCCUAAGGUUUGAAGGUGUAGAUGAUGAGGAGCUCACCCCUGCUCCAGAGUUUGACCCUGAGGUCAGCUGGAGCCAGACGUUCCAGGUCAACCAUCUGGACCUACAGGCACAGCGGUCAGAUUGGAUCGACCUAACCUGCAACAUCUCAGGCAAUCUGCUUCUCCACUCAAGUGAUGCUCUGCCCAUCGCCCAUGCUUUCAUGGAGCACCUCAACGAAAAGCACCACGGGGAGUUCACACUGGUUCGUGUGAUUAACGUGGUGAAGCGUAUGGAUGGGGUCCAGGGCAGCCGCUACCUUCUGGAGCUGGAGCUGAAAGAUGGGAACGGCAAGCUGCUGCGCCUUUCGUACUACAUCUAUGCACUGAUUCGCCACAGCAGGCGACGCAGACAGGACAUUUUCCAACGACCAAAACCUCAGCUGUUACUGUGUAACCCAGUGGGCUUCCGCUGGAACCCCGUCGCCACCGUCAACUUCAUAGUACCAGUAAAGAACCAGGCUCGAUGGGUGCAGCAGAUUAUUGCAGACAUGGAACAACUGUUCAGAGAAACGGGAGACGCCAACUUUAAUCUCAUAAUCACUGACUACAACAGCACUGACAUAGAUGUGAGGAAGGCUCUACAGAAAUCCUCACUCCCCAGGUACCAGUAUGUUAAGCUGAGCGGCAACUUUAAGCGCUCUGCUGGUCUUCAAGCGGGUGUUGACCUUAUAAAUGAUGACCACAGCAUUGUGUUUCUUUGUGACCUCCAUAUCCACUUCCCACCCUCCAUCAUUGAUACCAUCCGGAAGCACUGUGUGGAGGGAUACAUGGCCUUUGCUCCAAUAGUCCUUAGACUGGACUGUGGGGCUACGCCAUUAGAUGCCAAAGGUUACUGGGAGGUCAAUGGCUUUGGUCUGCUGGGGAUCUAUAAGUCAGAUCUGGACAAAGUGGGAGGCAUGAAUACCAGGGAAUUCAGUGAGCGCUGGGGUGGAGAAGACUGGGAGCUCCUUGACAGGAUUCUGCAGGGUGGACUAGAAGUGGAGAGGAUCUACAUGAGGAACUUCUUUCACCAUUUUCACUCCAAACGUGGCAUGUGGAACCAUCGGACAUGGCCCAGCCACAGUUGACCGAUUCACUUGCAUGCUGCACAAUAACCGAAGCACUUUAAGGUUGCAGCCUGAUUCAUGCAACAUAACCGUAAUACCUGAUUACCGACAGAGAGGGUGACAGAGGAUUGGAUUCACUUCCUUCACUUCAGCUAUUUAAAAAAGAAAUCUAACAAGUGGCAGGAAGGAGAUACUACUGAUGGCUCAGAGUUACGUCACUGGAUGUUCUGUGGGCUACUGCGAGGGUCGAUGAGUGCCAUUAACUAUUUUAAUAUAACACAUGAAGAUACAGCUGUGCACCAUGUCACUGACUGACACCAUGAUGAUCUGCACUACUGGCUGCAAGGACCUGACCUGAUCCAAAGACAGGACGUUAAUAAAUGACAUACUCCAAGGAUGUAUACACACAAGUGUCCUAUACGAUCGAGAUCACAGCUUUGCACAUGAGUCUUAACUCGAGGGGAAAAAAAUUUGUUCUGUUCGUGACAAAAUGGAAAAAUGUUUGUGUAUAUGUGUAUAUGGGAAGACUUCAUAUUUAUUUAUCAAUGUUUGUGAGAUUUGUUGUUUUUUUUUCAUUUGAGUUUAAUGCUGUUUCUAAAAAUAUAUGGGGACGUUUCAGAGAAGUGUACCUCAGUUUACCUGUUGAGCACCCUCCCCUAUUUGUUCUUAUUAAAUAUUAAAUGUGCCUCUUGUUGCAGCUGUGCCUGCCAGGUACUGGGGCCACAUAGUGCUGUUUUUACAGCGUCAGGAAUAAAUAAUUAAAUAUUUAUGGGAUUUUCUAUGAUUGUAUCAUUUGGUUUUGUCAGAGAAGGACAUUCAGUUAUAUUUAGACAGGUAUGUUUGUGUUUUCUUUUGUGUUAUGUUGUUAACUGUAUCACAGACAUUUUUGGUGUAUGAAUCAGUAAUCAAAUAUCAGAAAUUGUCUGUGUGUUCUCCCUCCACUGCCAUUUACCAAAGAGAAUAAUUGAAAGUUUAGUAGAAUGACUUCUGUUUUAUUCAUAUGUAGAAUAUUUUUAAAAAGCAGGGUUUUUUUGACACGAGUGACUAUUAAAAAUAUAGCUUUAAGGGGGACAUAUUAUAUCUGGAGAAACUGUGAAUCUUUUUUCUGCCAAAAAGCCUUCUGCCGUGAAGUUUUUGUGGUUGAAGUAUAAAGAGCAAGGUUAAGGAGGAGAUUGUGGUGGACAAGUGAUUCAAACACUCAGAAGACUUAAGUCCACCCCUCCAUGACAUACUAGACUUAAGCCUCUUUAACACAUUGUUCCUGGUAAAUUAUUGGAAUAACCUUUCAGGCACUGUUAGUGAUUUAGUGAUUAGUGAACGCACUACACUCAGGAACAUCUCUGUCUUGCACAUUAUCACAAAUGCCAUGGCAAUAGAGGGAGACAUUUCAGUUGACUUGGGUCUUCUGCCGCUCACGAAGAAGACCUUUUUUUUUUUGCACACUACAGCAUCUCUAACUGUUCCAUACAAACUUGUAUAGCUUGUUACUCUUAACAAGUUCCAGAUUCAAACACGUUUGCGGUUCAUUUGCUCCACUUGAAAGCAUGUUAUACAGAUGUAACCCUUCAAGUGCCUGUCCUGACAAUGUUAUUGCUUUCAUUAACAACACAGCCCUACUGUCAAUUUCCCUGAAAUUUUACUUAGUCUUGAGGUGGUAAAUUCGCAGUACAGAUUUCCCUGAAAAUCAAUUCCUGCUCCCGUUUACACAUGACACAUGCAGGAAAUGUUGCUGACCAUUUCAGGGAUAGAUUAAAUGUGUGCAAGGGGGUUUGGUUCCUUAGUAUAUUCUGUUUUGUUUGAUUUGUUUUCAGUGACAGUUUCAUUAGUUUUAGACACCAAAACUACUUUGUUAGGUUUAGGUCAUGGUUUGGGUUACAAAUGGACAUUUUACUUAAAUGAAAUACAUGUUGGUUUUCUAGAAGAAAGAUCUCUGCCACUGAAGGUUCAUUUCUUUGUGUUUCAAACAGAGGGUGACGUUCUGAAAAUAACAAACAAGUAAACGUGUUCUAGUAGAAACCCCCCAAAAAAGUAUGAAACUGAAAAUGAGCAUAAUAUGUCCCCUUUAAGGGCCAUUUUACUGUUGUUUAUGUAUUAUUUGUGUGCAUCUACCUGCUGAAAUUAAUUGUUUUUUCAGAAGAAUAAUCUUUUUGACAAUCCUUUGUUUUAUUCUGUUUGUUUGUUUUUUUGGCUCAGUCUAUGAAGCUCCCCAUUCUAACAGUGGGUAAUAUUGUUUUCAAUGUCAACACAGUAAAUGCAGAUAGGAAAUGUAGUGGGUGAAAAAUGAUCUUGUGUAUUUAUCAUAUGAGGGGUUAUUUUAGACUUGUGGCAGCAUUUCUCUAUUUAUUCACAUUCCAAUUUGACAAACAUGUUGUGCCUUUCUAGGUCUUUUAAAUUUGACACAUGUUAAACGGUUUCACUUUUUUUAAGGCCAACCGAAAUUGUGGUCUGAUGUCUGUGCUGGUGGUUUUGUAUUGUAACACUGCCAAGAACUGUGUAAUUUUUUUUGUAUACCAAAGCAUUGAAGGUUUUCAAAUGUGGUUUUGGGUUUGGCUAGAAUGUUUUCUUUGUUGUUGUUAGAUAUACCUCAUCCCUCACUUUGUGCUGAGAGUUGCCUUAUUGUACGGUUCUGUACGAGUCUCUUCUCUCAGGGACAGUUUCAUUUUUCUUUUUUUUUUAAUUUUACACUGCCUUGACAAUUCUGAGGAAUAAAUUUCUCUUGCCUUAUUUCCGUUA